AUGUCCGACAACCGCAGCAUACUCGUGAACCUCGUGUCCCAGCUCAAGGUGGGCAUGGACUUGUCCAAGGUGACGCUCCCCACGUUCAUCCUCGAGCCGAAGAGCAUGUUGGAGCGCAUCGCCAACCCGUUCCAGCUCCACCAAUUACUUGAAGAGGCCGCCCGCGAGCCCACGGCGGAGGCCCGGUUCCUCGCCUUGGUCAAGUGGUACCUCGCGUCGUGGCACAUCGCCCCCAAGGGGGUCAAGAAACCGCUCAACCCGGUGUUGGGCGAGUACUUCCGCUGCCGCUGGGGGGGGGCCUCCUACCUCGCGGAGCAGAUCCUGCACCACCCGCCAAAACUGGCAUACACUUACAUCGAUGAAGAGAAUGACAUUAGGGUCAGCGGGGUGGUGUGUCCCCAGAGUAGGUUCUUGGGCAACUCGUCGGCCGCUAUUAUGAAGGGGGAGUCGCGGAUAGAGAUCCGGGGGGAGGUGUACACCGCGACGCAGCCGAAUGUUUAUGCGCGGGGGAUCCUCUUUGGGAAGAUGCGGGUGGAAUUGGGCGACGGGGUAAGUUUGGCAGGGAACGGGUAUGAGUUGGUUUUGGAGUUCAAGACGAAGGGGUUUAUUAGUGGGGAGUAUGAUGUUGUGGUGGGGGUUGUUAAGUUUGGGGGAAAAGAGAUUUAUAAAGUUUCUGGGAAGUGGCUGGACAGGGUGCUGGUGACGAGGUUGGCCACGGGGGAGACGUCUGAGUUGUUCAGGGUGGCGGGGGUGACCCCGGAGGAAGGUAGGGUUCCCGAAGAUCAGGGGGCGAUGGAGUCACGGAGGCUCUGGGGGAGCACGAUUGAGGCGUUGGUGAGGGACGACCAGGAGGCCGCGACGAGGGAGAAGUCGAGGGUGGAGGAGCGGCAGAGGGAGGUGGCAAAAAGGAGGAGUGAGAGGGGCGAGGUGUUUGUGCCACACUUCUUUGACCUCGAGGGGGUGGCUCGAGGUGGAGUUAGUUACGAUUAG